GAGAAAGAGCUGCCAUUUCGGAGACUUGUCCCUGAAUUUGGGCAGCCCAGCUCCCUCGUGCUUCCCGAUUCUUGGGAGUGAUGAAAUUUUUGGCUCAGCGAAAAGGGAAGUUGAAAGUCUAGAAAGAAGGAGCGCAAGAAACGAGGGGAAAUUCCUGUGCGGGCGGGCGCUUGCAACUCGAGAGUCGCCCGAAAGUGCUGGCUUUGCGGCGUGUCUGUGCGGCGGCUGCUCUCGUUCUCCAGUGUGCGCCUGGAGCCGCGGGCGAAGUGAGAGGAGGCGGCGCUGUGCAUGCUGGGCUCGGAUCAUGGUGGGGCUUUGCAAUAGGAAGCGAGGCAGGAAGGAAUCGAACUAGCGUGCGGCGGCGGCAGGCAGCUCCGCGUAAGGCAGGACACUGUGGGUUGCGCGCUUGGGGGCUCGGACCAAGGAGAAGACCCCAAAGUCCUGUUGAUAGCAGCCGGACGAGGUUUUCGAGAAAGGCACCCCCGGUGGCGAGAGGUCCCUUGGAACCGAUUUCGCCUGCCUCCUCUCCCCCCUUUCGUAUUUGACUGGGGGGAGGAGGGGGGAGGGGCAGGGGAUUCCUUCCCCCCCCUUUUUGCAAGCAGGACCUGGAUUCCCCUCCCCCCUUUCUGGGAGCCGGCAAAAAGGAGAAGGAAGCCGAUUUCGCCGCCGUCGGCAGCAACAGCCUCCGCCUCCCCGCUUGCCCAUUGCUGGGAGAUGGUGACAUAUGAAGCGCGCUGGAAGGACCAUGGUUGAAAGGAGCAGCAAGUUCCUGCUGAUCGUGGCGGGCUCGGUGUGCUUCAUGUUCAUCCUGUACCAGUAUGUGGGGCCGGGGCUGAGUCUGGGCGCGCCGAGCGGCCGCUCGUACCAGGACGAGUUGGACCUCUUCCCCACGCCGGAUCCCCACUACGUGAAGAAGUACUACUUCCCGGUGCGGGAACUGGAGCGCCAGCUGGCCUUCGACAUGAAGGGCGACGACGUGAUCGUCUUCCUACACAUCCAGAAGACGGGCGGCACCACCUUCGGCCGCCACCUGGUGCAGAAUGUGCGCCUCGAGGUGCCCUGCGACUGCCGGCCCGGGCAGAAGAAGUGCACCUGCUACCGGCCCAACCGCAGGGAGACCUGGCUCUUCUCGCGCUUCUCCACCGGCUGGAGCUGCGGGCUGCACGCCGACUGGACCGAACUCACCAACUGCGUGCCAGGCGUGCUGGACAAGCGGGAGAACGCGGCCGCCAAACCGCCCAGAAAGUUUUAUUUUAUUACAUCACUCUGGUUGAGAGAUCCUGUGUCCCGCUACCUCAAUUGAAUGCGAGACAUGUGCAACGCAGGAGCUACUCUGGAAAACAUCCUUGCACAUACGUGUGAUGGCAUGAACACCAACCCCCGAAGAGUUACUUCAUAUCAUCAUGCUAUGGAGAGGCACUUGCAGAGACUUGGUCAGGCUGUACUCUUUCAGGAGUUCAUGGACUGCCGCUUAUAACUUCAGCCAACAACCGGCCAAGUGAGAGAGGAUGCUGGCUGAUUUGAGCUCUUGGUGGGCUGCUAUAAUAUGUCGUUUAUCCCAGAAAACAAAGCGAAAGUAAUACAGAUACUGCUGGAGAGUGCCAAGAAGAAUUUAAAAGACAUGGCCUUUUUUGAGAAGCUCUUGACAGAGUUCCUGCAGAGAAAAACACACAGUACUUUAUUUGAGAGAACUUUCAAUCUGAAAUUCAUCAGGCCAUUCUACAUGCAGUACAACAGCACAAGGGCAGGUGGAGCGGAGGUGGACAACAAUACCAUAAUGGUUGGAUUGAGGGAGCUUUAAUGAUUCUUGGACAUGCAGCUGUAUGACUCAUGCAAAGACCUCUUUCAACAGCGAUACCAGUACAAGCGACAGCUGGAGGGAUGGAGCAGAGGGGAUAAAGAAUGUCGAAGCGAGAGGCUUCUUCACCGGUCUAAUGAGGCUCUUCCAAGGAAGAGAUGGAAAGAGCAAGGACGCUUGCCUACAGAGGGACUACAUGAGAGCCAUAUUAUAGAGAAGUGGUAA